ACCCCGACGGCGGCCGCGGCGGGGAGCGCGUUGACGUCACGUGCUCGACGCCGCGCCUCCGCCUCCAGUCACCCGGCCGGGGAGGCGGGGCCGAGCCUGAGCGUGCUACCUAUGCGCGGAGCCGAAUCACUGACUCGGCUGCUGGCCCCAGGGUGGAGUUGGAAAGAAGUAGUCCUGUGGAGGAUGCGUUUCUAUUUUUAACCCGAUUGUCCGCCCUCAGCCUCUCUCCUUCCGAUUUUCUCAGUAAAGCCGACUUUUCGCCAUCUGAGUUCUCGCGCUUUGUCUAAAGCCUUUGGCAGACAUUUCCCUUUCCUCCUUACUCCCCACCCCUUCCCCACCCAACAAGAACGUGUUAGAAGGAUUCGGCUCAAGAAGAGAAAAUGAACUGCUGUUUAGCUUCUGGGUCUUCUCGCCUGUUUAUGAAGUUUCCCCCGUCCGGUUCCCUCACACUCGCCUUCGGGUCUAAAGUCCAGCCUGAGCAUUGCCCCUGAUGCUCCCAGGAAGGAGCGGGGCGGGUGGCGCUCGCUUCCUCGCUCGCUCGCCCAAGGUCACGGAUGGUUGUGCAGAGUCAGGAAGUGCUCCGCCGACUUGCUGCCCGUCUUCGGCCCCGGCGACACCGUUCUGAGCAAACUGUUUUGGCCAGCCUGUAAAAUCCCUGGAAAUGGACUAUUCCAGCAGAGCCUCGUGAACUGGGAAAGCACCAAAUGUUCUACCCGAGAUGAAGUUAAGGAACAAACAAGCUAGACCCGAGGGAGAGAUCAAAAAGGAGACGUUGCAGGAGGAAGUUCAGAAGGGGGCAAUUCAAAAAUGAGGCACAGGCCCCGACUAGUUUGAAAGGCCUCACAACAGUGGUGAGACAGACACAUGUCUGUUUAUGGAAGAGAAAUUUGUGACUCAGAAAAGUUCAGUAACUCGAUCAAAGUUACUGAGACAACAGAAGCAGAGCCAGGCCUCAAACCCAGGUCUUCUGAUGCCAAAGCCAGCAUUCUUUCUUGUACACCACAGCUGCCAUCUGGAACUUGGGGUUACCAUAAAAUUGGUAAACACAAUUAUAUACUUAAUGUUUGAAAGAGGAAUGAAGGGUAAACAUUCCUUAGACUCUUACUACUGAGGAAACCAGACCAGCCAUUCAAGUGAUGAACCCUGUGACAUCUAACAACUACUGAGCUUUCAGCUAUCAUGUAAGAAGUCUGCCUACCCUGGGGCCACCACAUGGAGUGACCACAUACUUACAUAUAGAGAGAGAUGGCCCAGAGUUCAAGUCUCCAGCUAUUGAAGGCUUCCAUCCUGGCUAACAGACAAUUGAAUGAAGACGACUUUGAGAUGCUGUCAGCCCCAACCAUUGUCUGACCACAACUACGUGAGAGACCUGCAUGCAGUCAGAACUACCAGCUGAGCCAAGCUGACCUCCAGACUUACUGUGAAAUGGCACCAGGGAGCACUUUCAGCAACAGGCAGAACUGUGUGCAUGUGCCGGACCAGACCUGAAACAUUUGUCCCUUCAACCUGUCAUCCUUCUUCACGUUAACCGGCAGCCGAGACGUUCUGACAGGACACCACCAGGAUGCCACCCAAGAAAGUGCAAAUCCAAGUGGAGGAAAAAGAAGAUGAUACUGAGGAAAGUUCAAGUGAAGAGGAAGAGGAGGAGGAAGACAAACUACCUCGAAGAGAGAGCAUGAGACCAAAGAGGAAACGGACCAGAGAUGUCAUCAAUGAAGAUGACCCAGAACCUGAACCAGAGGAUGAAGAAACGAGGAAGGCCAGAGAAAAAGAGAGAAGGAGGAGGAUGAGGAGAGGAGAGGAAGAAGAAGAAGAAAUUGAUGAAGAGGAAUUGGAAAGAUUGAAGGCAGAGUUAGAUGAGAAUAGACAAAUGAUUGCUACUGUCAAAUGCAAGCCUUGGAAAAUGGAAAAGAAAAUUGAAGUUCUCAAGGAAGCAAAAAAAUUUGUGAGUGAAAAUGAAGGGGCUCUUGGGAAAGGAAAAGGAAAACGGUGGUUUGCAUUUAAGAUGAUGAUGGGCAAGAAAUGGGUAAAAUUUCUCCGUGAUUUUGAGAACUUCAAAGCUGCUUGUGUCCCCUGGGAAAAUAAAAUCAAGGCAAUUGAAAGUCAGUUUGGCUCAUCAGUGGCCUCAUACUUCCUCUUCAUGAGAUGGAUGUAUGGAGUAAAUAUGGUUCUUUUUAUCCUGACGUUCAGCCUUAUCAUGUUGCCAGAGUACCUCUGGGGUUUGCCAUAUGGCAGUUUACCUAGGAAAACGGUUCCCAGAGCUGAAGAGGCAUCAGCAGCCAACUUUGGUGUGUUGUAUGACUUCAAUGGAUUGGCUCAAUAUUCCGUCCUCUUUUAUGGCUAUUACGACAAUAAACGAACAAUUGGAUGGAUGAAUUUCAGACUGCCGCUAUCCUAUUUUCUGGUGGGGAUCAUGUGCAUUGGAUACAGCUUUCUGGUUGUCCUUAAAGAGAUGACCAAAAAUAUUGGUGAUGACGGAGGUGGUGACGACAACAGCUUCAACUUCAGCUGGAAGGUGUUCACCAGCUGGGACUACCUGAUUGGCAAUCCUGAAACAGCAGACAACAAAUUCAAUUCUAUCACAAUGAACUUUAAGGAAGCUAUAAUAGAAGAAAGAGCAGCCCAAGCAGAAGAAAACGUCCACUUGAUCAGAUUCCUGAGGUUUCUUGCUAACUUCUUCGUGUUUCUAACACUUGGCGGGAGUGGAUACCUCAUCUUUUGGGCUGUGAAGCGAUCCCAGGAAUUUGCGCAGCAAGAUCCUGACACCCUUGGGUGGUGGGAAAAAAAUGAAAUGAACAUGGUCAUGUCCCUCCUGGGGAUGUUCUGUCCAACAUUGUUUGACUUAUUUGCUGAAUUGGAAGACUACCAUCCCCUCAUCGCUCUGAAAUGGCUCCUGGGACGCAUUUUUGCUCUUCUUUUAGGCAACUUGUAUGUAUUUAUUCUUGCCUUGAUGGAUGAGAUUAACAACAAGAUUGAAGAGGAGAAGCUAGUAAAGGCCAAUAUUACCCUAUGGGAAGCCAACAUGAUCAAGGCCUACAAUGCAUCACUCACUGGAAAUACCACUGGGCCACCCUUUUUUGUGCACCCUGCAGAUGUACCUCGAGGACCCUGCUGGGAAACAAUGGUGGGGCAGGAAUUUGUGCGGCUGACCGUUUCUGAUGUUCUGACUACCUACGUCACAAUUCUCAUUGGGGAUUUUCUCCGAGCAUGUUUUGUGAGGUUUUGCAAUUACUGCUGGUGCUGGGAUUUGGAAUAUGGAUAUCCUUCAUACACCGAAUUUGACAUCAGUGGCAAUGUCCUCGCUCUGAUCUUCAAUCAAGGAAUGAUCUGGAUGGGCUCCUUCUUCGCUCCCAGCCUCCCAGGCAUCAAUAUCCUUCGGCUCCACACCUCCAUGUACUUCCAGGGCUGGGCUGUGAUGUGUUGCAACGUUCCUGAGGCGAGGGUCUUCAAAGCUUCCAGAUCGAAUAACUUCUAUCUGGGGAUGCUGUUGCUCAUCCUCUUCCUGUCCACCAUGCCCGUCCUGUACAUGAUCGUGUCCCUCCCACCAUCUUUCGACUGUGGCCCCUUCAGUGGCAAAAAUAGGAUGUUUGAAGUCAUCGGAGAGACACUGGAACAUGAUUUUCCAAGCUGGCUGGCGAUGAUCUUGAGACAGCUUUCUAAUCCUGGAUUAGUUAUUGCUGUUAUUUUGGUUAUGGUUUUGACUAUCUAUUAUCUCAAUUCUACUGCAAAAGGCCAGAAGGCAGCAAAUCUGGAUCUAAAAAAGAAGAUGAAACAGCAAGCUUUGGAGAACAAACUGCGAAACAAGAAAAUGGCAGCUGCACGAGCAGCUGCAGCUGCUGGAGGCCAGUAAUUUUCAUGGAUAUUCUGGAGGCCCAGAAGUAUUCCUCAUCAUACUGUUCAAAACCAGUGACUUAUGUGAAGGCCCAAGUAAAAAAAGAAGGAUCUCUACCUUAUUCCAAAUUAGGGAUUUGUUCCUGCACCACCACUUUCUCCCCUGAGCAAGUCCCCUCACAUUUUCUUUAACAAAUUGAGUUUAAAAUUGUGUGUGAUGGAGAAGUAUGGAUUACUGGCUUACUUGUUGGGUUAAUUUAAAAACUUUUUACUCAUAUGGACUUUCAUUUUAUACAUAUCUUCUGCCUUAGUUUUCUUAGCCUGGAAACAGGAAUAUUUCACCUUCUUUUUUCUUCUAAGGUCAGAAAUAUCUUUAUAAAGUAUUCAUUGUAAUCAUUUGUUAACUUUUUUUUUUUUGAAAUUAACAUCUUGUUUUCCCUUUUCAUUCUGUCUCCCCAUCCAUGGUCCCCACAAAUAUACACCCAAAACCUUUUUAUUUGCUGCUGGAUUCAGUAUGAAAAGGAAUGGGCUUUUUAGAAUAAAAAUCUCAUGGGUUAUCUCUUCGGGCUUCUGAGAGGUACACAUAGUUUAAACCAUAUCAGGAGGUUUAUAUUAGCAAGCUUUGACCUGAACUGUGUUUUCUCAUCCUGAUGGGUCCCUACAAGUACCAGAGCCGGAGUCCAUCGGGUCUGGGAAUAUACUAGUGACCCAUGUCUUACUAUAUAUGGUGAGGUAUGGUUCCCUAGUUGACUUUGGGGUUUAGCCUUUGCUACCUUCAUUCCUCAGUGGAUGGGUCAGUAGGAAGAGGUUUUGUGUCAGUUUCCCUGCCUAAUACUCCAGCGUCUUCUCUGGACUGGACUUUAAUUCAGUCAACUUGAUUGGAACUUGGACUAUUUCAGCUUGGACUAUUUCAGUGCUUUACUAGACCCUUCCCAGAAGCGUAUGUGCAAAUUGUGGGGGAGUGAGUUUGUAAUAAACACUGGGACCACACUGAGUGCAUGACCACCAGGAACUACAAUGAGGUUAGUACCUCUUAAUCUGUUUACUAAAUAUUUAUCAAACAUUAUGUGUCAAACAUUUAUCAAACAUUAUAUAUCUUAAGUAUCACCUGCUCUCUAGAUUUUCUCUACCACUUUUUGCCCUACCUGCUAUAUCCUUAGUUUCUAGCAUCUUCCAGAAUACUAGAUACUAGAACUUGCAAACCUGUUUUAGGAUCGAACAAAAUUAAUGAUACCUUCCCACUCAGGGCAAGACUGUCCCUUUCUUCACAAUGACACAGAUAUUAUAGUACACUAUCAGUAUUCAGAAAAAAGAUUUGCUUUCUCUUAUUCUCUAUUAAGUGCAAUGUCUAACAAAAUCCAGUUAUUAUUCUACCUUUUUCAGCUCUCUUCCAAAGUUAGGACAUCUUGAUGGACAAAUAACCCUAGACCUCAGAGUUGGCAUCACAUGCUUAGUAGAUGGGAUGCAAACAAAGGAGUUUAGCCCACAAUGGAAAACCAAGUUCCUGUGGAAAAAAACAAGGGAGUGCUUUAGCAGAGGGAAUCCAAUGCAAUGUGGGUAAGAUGGGAGUCUGAUGACUUUACUGCCUCCCUUGAAUCAAAAAUAUGGACCUGGAUAAUAUCCAGUUACAACUUUCUUUUGCCUUGUUUGGUUCACAAAAGUAAAAAAAGUGUUUCCACAAUUCAUUUGUAAAGAAAUAUAUAUUAAAAGAGUAAGUAAGCAGGCUUCAAAAACAAGAGACUUAAGAAUGGGAUGGGCAGAUGUUCUCAGCUCUCAACUCAGAUACACACUUGAUUUUUCAGAAGACACAUUGAGACCUAAGAAUAUUUUUAAAAAUAAACUGUAGUCAUAGCCUUUAUUCAUAUCUACUUCCUGCAAGAAGGAAACAGCAUUAUAUGAUGGUGACAAGAUUUCUCAAGGCCCUAUAUGAGGUUUCUUUUUCUCAAAGUUCUCUUGUAAUGGAUUGCCUUGGAUGGUCCAGCUGCCUUUACCAGGAUGGGUCUUGAUGACUUAGUAAUUAUGAAUAAUGGAACAAUGUAUACAUGAAAUACUUGACCUCUUCUGGGAACUUAGGUAUUAUAUAACACACAUCUUUUUCAUACACACCAAGAAGGUUUCAUACAAAUCCUUGGUCAUUUAAAAAUUUAUAAUAGUGGUACACGUUCAUUACAGCAAAUUUAGAAAUUUUUAAUAGAAUUAAAAAAGCAAAAGAACCUAUAAUUCCACCACCCAGAAUAACUUCUGUUAACAUUUUGGUGUAUUUUUUUCUCAGAUUCACACACACAUAUAGACUCAAUAAAAUAUUUUGGAUCAUAAGAUAUAUUUAGUCUUUAUCCUACUUUCUUAGUUAACAUUUUCCCAUGUCAUAAAAAUUACUUCAGAA